AUUCGGUACCGGAAGGACAAAGGGGCCCCUCCUGCGCCCCCCCCAUUCCCACCUGUGAGGGGGCUGCAGGAUUUGGCCAGCGGGGGGGUCCUGGCGGCCGCCAUCCACUUCUACUGCCCCCAAUCCCUGCGCCUCGAGGAAAUCCGCCUUGGGGCGCCGCUGGCGCUUCCAGACCGGCUGCACAACCUGGGGCUCGUGCGCGAUUUUGGCGCCCGCCACCUCCGCACGCGCUGCCCGCUAGCCGUGGAGGACCUGCUCUACAUGGCGCCGGCCCUCAAGUUGAACGUGGGGGCUUUCCUGGCCGAGCUGUUCCUGUGCUUCGAGGUGCUGAGACCCCCCUUUGUCACCCCCCGGCAGCUGGAGGGGGGCUCAG